CUUACCUUACCACAAAUUAAAUUGACACGUAAUUCGUAUGACGUAUAAAAUCUAAUCAAAUGUAACGUUAUUGUGAAUCAAGUUAAGAAACUUGACGUUCCCAAUUGGAAUCUAAUCAUGCGUUACACGAAAUGUUUCGGGUUUCUGAACGUUACUGCAGCCUUGGUCUAUUAUUAUUACGUAUUCGGAAAUGUAAUCGGCGCCGCUGCCGCCGACGAUGAUUCUAACCGCAACUUUGAACGCAUGUACAAAUGGAGAAAUUUACGAGAAGGCUUCCAAGAGGCGAAAAUCUGCAGGAAACCGAUAUUUCUGCUAAUCCACAAACCGGGCUGUCCAACUUGCGAGAAAUUGAAGCCUAAAUUCACCAACUCGAUCAGAAUCCUCAAUCUUAGCCAGCACUUUGUUAUGGUGAGUGUGAGGAAAGAUGAGAUACCCGCGCACGACGAAGCAAAAUUUCAACCGGACGGAACCUACGUUCCACGGAUCCUCUUCUUCACUCCGGAUGGCGAAUUUAUGAAAGAUGUUUAUAACCAUCAUCCAAAAGCCGAUGAUAAAUAUAAAUAUUUCUACAAUAGUACAAGUCAAAUAAUAGAUGGUAUGAUUUUGGCAUUGGAACGAUACUCUUGACGAUAAAACGGAGAUGAAGAAGUAAUACUCAAUUUUUCAAUCUGACUUUGCUUCUGUCAUUGCAAUGAUAGUUGGACGUAGCUGAAAUAAAUUUAUCUUGUUACAAAAAAUAUAACACUUUCUUAAAUUAUAGUCAUAGAUGAUAUAUUAGAAUUGAACGGAU